AUGGCCAACAUCGACAUUGAGGGGAUACUGAAGGAGUUGCCCAGCGAUGGGCGGGUGCCGAAAACGAAGAUCGUGUGCACUCUGGGACCUGCGUCCCGGUCUGUUCCGAUGUGUGAGAAGCUGCUGAGGGCAGGGAUGAAUGUGGCCCGGUUCAACUUCUCCCACGGAACUCACGAGUACCACCAGGAGACGCUGGACAACCUCAGGAUCGCCAUGCACAACACCCAAAUCCUGUGCGCUGUCAUGCUUGACACCAAGGUCCGUCUCCGGCCGCACGCUCUUUUUAUAUCAUGUGGCGUAUGAUUAUAUCAUGGUGUUGACGUCACCCAAUUUCGGCACGUUCUAUAUGAAAUUGUUCAGCAUCUUUCCCUCUAAUGAGACCCGAAUUUCCCAUUUUUUUCACCUAAAACUCACAACCAGGUUUACUGUAUCCUUGAUUUGGCAUUUUCAUGUCAGAAAAAGAAGCAAUUUUCUUUCAUCGGUGAUUACAGUUUGUCAAAUUACUAUUUGAGUAAAUUUCUGAUUACGGUAUCAUUUGUUUUCAUGUCAACUUUGUAGGGGGUUUCUUACUCUGUAGAGGUUUAGGUAGGCAUUUUAGUCCUCAUAUUCUUUUAAAGAGGUAUUCAGGUAUCUCUGUUGAACCUAGGAACUGGCACGAAUUAUAGGCAUCAUCAUUUUACUGCUUGGCUACACUUUUACUGAAAUGUUUCAGCCUUUCAGACUGGGAAAUCAUUACAUUUGAACCAAAGUGGAGAUUCAAAAAUGAGUAUUUCAGAUCUUUCUAUUCAGUGUUUUUCGUGCGAUUUUAAACUGUGACAUAUCUGGGUUAAGUCUUUUCAGCACUCUCCAAAAAUGCCUUACUAACUGGUCAGAUGUUUUCACCUGUAUGAUUAACCAAUCCAGGCUGUUGUGGUAAUAAUUAUUUUCCCUCUUAGUAGAACGUCCCAAACAUGACAAAUGGUGAGGGACACCAUAUUAUGAAAUCUGCUUGAUAGGCCUGAAUAUUCUUGAGAUAAUACAUCGUUUGGAUGGAAAUUGGGCGUCUUCCACUUCAGUAUCUACUUCUAGUGAGCCAUAUUGUUCUGGUUCAUAAAGAGCACACUGUAAACGUAGCAUGAGAAAAUCUUGGUUUUCUACCUUAAAAGUUACAAUUACGUCGGAUGGCAUUACACCUUUAUGUGUUUGGUUGUUUGGAGUUCAUUCUUAAGCUGAUCCCAAUCCAUAUUAUCAGUUUUGUUGAGUGAUGGUCUCUGGAGUUGGUUCUAAUGUGUUCAUUCUUCUCCAGUAAUAUUUCCCUCUUUUUGAUAGUAAUUUUCCCAAAAGUGAUUUUAUUAUGUCCUGAUCCCAUGUAUCUGACUGCCCAUUUUCUCAGAACUAACUGUUUAAUCAUCUCUCGUGGUCAAUUCUGUUAGGUCACUAGCAGUACUUAGACCUCCAAGGUGCACUGCAUCCUCUCUUACAGAGCCAUCGUUGAGGGACAAAAAGAAUGACUUUAGAAACGAAUCUCAUCCCAAAUUUCCAGUUUGGAUCAGAAUGAACCUUCUAAUUUCAGCUCCAAGGUUGAGUAAUUCUGUUCAACCUUGCUGAUCCUCUAUUCCAGAGUCAACAAAAACCUCACUAGGCUUUGUUUUGCGCCACCAUUAUUGAGAGACAAAAGGGAACGGUCUCAUAGCAAAUGCCCCAUCUAUAUCAUACGUCAGCAUUUCUGCUGAUGUGAAUCGUCUUAAUUCAUCUCUGCCAUUAAACUCUUUACUUGGUAAUCAUCUUGGCGAUCCUAGAUCCUUCAUUUCAUCCUCAACUAAACUCUAUACUUGCUAUUUUGGCCACACCACAAUUCUCAUUUGAUAUGCAAGAUAUGAGAUGUACAAGUUAGUGCUGAUAGGUAAGACGUGGUUAGUCACUCAAAUAAGAAAGCCAGUGAGUAGACUUGUCGUGGCUAAGAUAAACUAUCAUAGUAAUCUGAGAAAGACAGUCGAAUUAUGCUCUCCUCACAGCCGGUUUGGCAACAUCUAAUUUACGAAAUGGAGUCUAUGGUAGGGAACAUCCGUCAAUCAAAGUACUGUAUGUUGAUCAAUGGGAUGGUUUUCAAUCAUAUGCUGUGCCAAAAAAGAAAUGGCUUUUAACAGCAGAAAUCUAUUUUCGAAUAGGGGUGAGUUAGAUGACUAAUGAAGCUGUAUCUACCUGGAAAUGUAGAUGGUGUUCUAAGUACAUUUGGAGAUAAAGUAAGAUUUGACAAUGAUCCAACUUUCUUGUAAAACCAAUAAGUUGUCUGGUUGAUUUCUUGUAUUCUUAUCUUUUGAUAGUUGUGGCUAUUUUGUGAGGGCUGCUGUCUUAGAUUCUGUGGAUUUAGUUGGUUGUUUUUAAACCUCUCAAGUAAGAGGGGAUAGUUCCUGCCCAAAACAUCGUAAUAACCGUCAAAACCUAUCCCCAAUAUUUGAUCCUUUUCAUAUCAGGGUUAAUCGGCUUGUUCUUGAUUUUGGUUUAUCUUAAACAUAGCUGGAAACUUGAUGGAACUUGUCUGAGAUUGUCUGGUCGAGUUAUCUACCUAUCGUUUUCUGUCUACAAGGAGUUUCCAUCAGUGUCUGUUGUUAUAUGCAUAUCAAACACAGGUAUGGUAUCUUCCAACGGAGUAUUCUCUGUGAAACGAUAAAAGUGUUUCUGACUAUCUGAUUAGCUUUCUACAAAUAGUACUAUUUUUCCUCCUAUUCCGACCUUGUUCUCUGUCUCUGGGAAUGUGGAUCCUGUCACCUUCUUUAUUGGGCUUUCACCUAAACAAGACAUGUACAAUUGAGUAUGAAAUCCAUUGAUGAACAGAAAAUCCUGGAUGGUAAAAAAAUAUUUUGAAUUUUGUUGGCCAAAGCAUUGCAUCUUUGACAAAAUGUUCCAUUAAGGAGAAAAAUACUUUGGAUGACUGGAUGGCGACUUGGGGAAAUUGGAAGGGUACUUAUUUUUUUGAAGACUUCUUAUAGUUGAAUUUGAUAAUUUACACAGAUAAUGGAAUUUCCGAUUUCCUCUCCCCCCCCCCUUUUUUUUUUUUUCCUUUUUUGAUUUGAUCGUGGCUUGCACAGUCCGUUCAUUCUAUCAUGGGUUCCUUCAAGAAUGAAGGGAUUUUUGUAACAUGUGGCCGAACCACCAAUUCUCUGCGCAUUGGCUUCCUGGGCCCUGGACUGUUACCAAUUCUGGUUAACCUCAUUCUUGACUGAAUGAAAAAAAAUUAAACCGGGUUCUGGUAAACUCCACUCUCCUCAACUAACCUCAUCUAUCCGUAGAGGAACCUGUGUAACCUGUAGAUAGAUACUGAAUCUGUAUCGAGUUUUGAUCACGCACAGGGUACUGAAACAGUGCCAAGCAUUACUGACAGUUGCAGAAAAGCUUCGCGUUUUAAUGUUUUAAUGUUGGGAUCAUAACCUUCUCCGAAAGUCCUUCUAUGUAAAUCCGUCGUGCGUGUUCUGAAGAGGUUCUAUCUUCAAAUCUGGCGAUCUUUGGUUCCUCAGGUCAUUCAUUACCAUGCUAGCUCUGAGAUUCAUGUACAAGAAUUGACGUUUAUUAGUGUGGGAUUCUAUUUCUUGCAGGUGUUUGUGAUACAGAUUGUUAAUGAACUUUCUUACAUCCUAUCAAUUCUAGUUAAAACUGUCUCCUCUUUCGCCGUAAUCAUUAUGCAGCGCCACUGAUUCAUGCUAUCAUAAUCUCACAGGGGCCAGAGAUCCGUACUGGGUUCUUGAAGGAUGCAAAGCCCGUCCAGCUGAAAGAGGGCCAAGAAAUCACAGUCUCCACUGAUUAUUCCCUCAAGGGAGAUGAGAAGACGAUUACCAUGAGCUACAAGAAGCUCCCCGUUGACUUGAAGCCCGGGAACACCAUCCUGUGCGCCGACGGCACCAUAACGCUCACUGUCUUGUCCUGCGAUCCAGGUGCCGGCACGGUGAGGUGCCGCUGCGAGAACACCGCCGUCCUCGGGGAGAGGAAGAACGUCAACCUCCCAGGAGUUGUCGUUGACCUCCCCACCCUUACCGAGAAGGACAAGGAGGAUAUCUUGGGCUGGGGCGUGCCCAACAAGAUCGACAUGAUCGCCCUGUCCUUUGUGCGGAAGGGCUCCGACCUGGUGAACGUCCGCCGGGUCCUCGGACCCCACGCAAAGACCAUCCAGCUCAUGUCAAAGGUUCUUCCUCUCACCUGGAUACUUCUUCUUCUUCUUCUUCUCUCUCUCUCUCUCUCUCAUGUAAAUCUGAGAUCUUUGAUCGGUGUUGAAGGUCGAGAACCAGGAGGGUGUGGUGAACUUCGAUGAGAUAUUGAGGGAGACGGACUCGUUCAUGGUGGCCAGGGGGGACCUGGGCAUGGAAAUCCCAGUGGAGAAGAUCUUCCUCGCCCAGAAGAUGAUGAUCUACAAGUGCAAUCUGGUGGGGAAGCCAGUGGUGACGGCCACCCAGAUGCUCGAGUCCAUGAUCAAAUCCCCGCGGCCAACGCGUGCCGAGGCCACCGACGUCGCCAAUGCCGUCCUCGACGGCACCGACUGCGUCAUGCUCAGCGGCGAGAGCGCCGCCGGUGCGUACCCAGAGAUUGCAGUCAAAGUCAUGGCCAAGAUCUGCAUCGAAGCCGAGUCCUCCCUCGACUACGGCGCCAUCUUCAAGGAGAUGAUCCGCUCCACUCCGCUCCCCAUGAGCCCCCUUGAAAGCUUGGCAUCUUCAGCAGUUCGAACCGCCAACAAGGCCAAGGCGGUGAUGAUCGUCGUCCUCACCCGUGGGGGCACCACAGCGAAGCUUGUCGCCAAGUACAGGCCUGCAGUUCCUAUCCUCUCCGUGGUCGUCCCAGUGCUCACAACGGACUCCUUCGACUGGACUGUCAGCGACGAGUCUCCGGCGCGGCAGAGUCUGGUCCACCGCGGCUUGAUUCCGCUGCUGGCGGAGGGAUCUGCCAAGGCCACCGAUGCGGAGUCAACGGAGGUCAUCCUUGUGGAGGCUCUAAAGUCAGCAGUGAAGAAGAAGCUCUGCAAGCCGGGGGAUGCCGUCGUCGCCCUCCACCGCAUCGGUGCUGCCUCCGUCAUCAAGAUCUGCAUCGUGAAGUGA